CCAAUUUAUGCUUGGGUUACGUUACUGAGGGAAACACGAUCCGACAAAAUCCUGGAGCUCCAAGUCGGGAUUUCUCAAUCAAACACUUGCUCGGCCAUUUUCUCAUUCAUCAUCUUGCAGCUACCACCAUUUUAUACCCUCUUCAAAUUGAUUCCAUCCACACCUCAUCUCAUCUCCUAUUCUGAACCCUUUAGUGACCUGUUGUAAGCCAUCCCCCAGACACUAUGGCCUCCUCACUGCGUGCGGGAAGCUCCCUUCUGCGCACCUCGACCCUCUCCUCCCGACCUGCCAUUCAGCGAGCCGCAUUCAACGGUGUGCGUGCUGCCAGCACAAAGUCGCUCAAAGACACCUUCGCCGACAAUCUCCCAGCCGAACUCGAAAAGGUCAAGAAGCUGAGAAAAGACUAUGGCAGCAAGGUCAUUGGCGAGGUCACUCUUGACCAAGUCUAUGGCGGUGCUCGAGGAAUCAAGUCUCUAGUCUGGGAAGGUUCCGUCCUCGACUCUGAAGAGGGUAUUCGCUUCCGUGGAAAGACUAUCCCCGAGUGCCAGGAGCUACUCCCUAAGGCCCCUGGUGGUGAAGAACCCCUGCCUGAAGGUCUGUACUGGCUGCUCUUGACUGGCGAAGUCCCCAGCGAGCAACAAGUCCGCGAUCUUUCAGCAGAUUGGGCUGCUCGCUCUGAACUCCCCAAAUUUGUUGAGGAGACCAUCGACCGUCUGCCCAAAGAUCUCCACCCCAUGGCUCAAUUCUCCAUCGCUGUCGUUGCCCUCGAGCAAACUUCGGAAUUCGCCAAGGCAUAUGCUCGAGGCAUCAACAAGAAAGAGUACUGGCAAUACACCUUUGAAGAUUCUCAGAACCUCAUUGCCAAGCUCCCUACCAUCGCCUCCAAGAUCUACCGCAACAUCUACAAGGAUGGAAAGGUUGCCCCGAUCCAAAAGGACAAGGAUUACGGCUUCAACUUGGCCAAUGGUCUCGGCUUUGGCGAAAACACCGACUUCGUUGAGCUGAUGCGUCUGUAUUUGACCAUCCACAGUGACCACGAAGGUGGCAAUGUCAGCGCCCACACCACCCAUCUGGUUGGCAGUGCUCUCAGCUCUCCCUUCCUGUCUUUGGCCGCAGGUCUCAACGGCUUGGCUGGACCUCUCCACGGAUUGGCCAACCAAGAAGUCUUGCUCUGGCUCACCAAGAUGCAGGAGUCGGUCGGUGGCGAUCUCAGCGACAAGUCCAUCACUGAUUACCUCUGGUCCACCCUCAACUCUGGCCGUGUGGUUCCCGGUUAUGGCCACGCAGUGCUCCGCAAGACUGAUCCCCGCUACGUCUCUCAAAGAGAAUUCGCCCUCCGCAAGCUGCCUGAAGAUCCUUUGUUCAAGCUCGUGAGCCAGGUCUACAAGAUUGCUCCUGGUGUCUUGACCGAGCACGGCAAGACCAAGAACCCCUACCCCAACGUUGACGCUCAUUCCGGUGUCCUUCUACAAUAUUACGGUUUGACCGAAGCCAACUACUACACCGUCCUGUUCGGUGUUUCGCGUGCCCUCGGUGUGUUGCCUCAGCUCAUCAUCGACCGCGCCCUCGGCGCCCCCAUUGAGCGACCCAAGUCUUUCAGCACUGAGGCAUACGCCAAGCUCGUUGGUGCCUCUUUGUAAAGAGGCCGGGCUUUUGACCUGGAGCACUUCAGUGAAGUAUACAGCGGAAAUAGCGUAGUUCUACCACGGGCAACGGUGCACGGGGUAUGGGUGGCUUGGGAUGCAAGAUUGCCUGUAGGCUAUGAGCGUACCAGUCUGCUGUAGAUGAGCCACAAUGGAUGGAAGCGUUUUUUUUUUUGGGAACCAAAAGUGCACCUUCACGUUUCCCGCAGCUCAGUUUCCCAUUUCUAGCCUGUAUUGAGGUCAAGAAUAUAGAAUGUAGAAUGUUGGUACACGUGUCAGCCACGAUGAGAGUCCG